AUGACCAUGCAAGACCCUCGAGCGGAAUCUUAUAUGGAACGUCACGAUUUAAAAAACUUGCUCAACGAACUCGAAGGUGGACUGCGGCGUCACCAACCGAACGAUCCCCUGGACUAUAUUGUUGGUUGCGUGAGAUCUGUUCAGCAAGUAAAGAGGGAGUCGAAGGAGCCGCCUUUUUACUCGGUAACCGCCUGUUUCUUUUUGUCUGUGCCCGAGCACAGUGUCACUGUUUCAUGCGCUACCCUGCUCCCCCACCCUCCGACAUAUUUCAAACUCUUUGAAGACUACAACGCUCAAACUUUCAACUCGAUUGGUGUUGUAAACGCUCAGCAUAACGAAUUUGCCUCGCCCGAUCAUCCUACCGGACCUAGCAAUAAAAAGCGCCAACGUUCUGAGGACACAUUCAUGGAGGUCCGAACUCCCCCCUACUACACUUCCGGUUCGAACUUUGAUCAGCACGUUCCUCAUCAGCAUUUUGAAGAAGAUCAAGGUCAGCGUCGCCCUAUUCUGCCCCCCUCACCGCCAAAUACUUUGUCAACUCGAUUCUUUCGCAAUCACACCGCUUCCGUGGGAAGGCGCCGCCGCAAUUCCGUGAGCGCCGAGUCCAUCAGACCGUCAGACGAUCCUAAUGAUCGAAAGAUCAUUCCAAAAUCUGACGAAGUCAGGAGACGCAUCGAGGAUGCGAUCCUUCAAAACCUGUUAUUCAAAAACCUUGAUCGUGAAACCAAACGGCAAGUGGUGGAUGCAAUGUCCGAGGUCAUGGUGCGGAAGAACGAUGUCAUCAUCACGCAAGGCGAUGUGGGCGACAACUUCUAUGUCAUCGAACACGGUCUUUUUGGAAUAUAUAUUGACAACCAGUUUGUUCUCGAGAUUGGUAACGGCAAUAGUUUCGGGGAACUCGCUCUGAUGUAUAACACUAAUCGCGCUGCCACCGUGAAAGCGAAGACCGACGGAAUUCUCUGGGCGCUUGACAGAGUUAGUUUUCACAAGACGAUCACCAACAUCAUGUAUAAUAAACGAAAGACUUACGAAGUCUUCUUGAGGUCCGUUUCAUUCCUCACCUCGUUAAGUCCGUCGGAGAUCACGAAACUCGCCGACGCCCUAGAACCUGAUGAAUACGAGGAUGGUAAGGCAAUUGUUACUCAAGGUGAAGCUGGUGAUUACUUUUACAUCAUCGAAAAAGGGCGCGUGAGCGUAAGUAAAAUUAGUGAACAUGGGGUCAAACAAUGCUUACCGGAAAUCUGCGAGGGUGGUUAUUUUGGAGAGCUCGCCCUUCUCGAGGAUCAACCGCGUAGGGCAACCGUCGUUGCACAGGGUCACGUUCGCGUUGCUGCACUCAAACGCGACGCAUUUGUCCGACUCUUGGGCCCUGUCAUGGACAUUCUGAACAGAAAUGCCCAAGCAUAUAAUAUGAAUGCCGAGAAUAAUAACUACCCCACCCGUCACGAUUCUUCAUAUUCGCCCGUACCUGAACGUCCUUCAGGAUCACUUAACGAUGUUAGCGUACCGAAUCAAAGUGGUGGCAACGAAAGUAUGGCCAUUGACGAAGAUUAUCAUUCGACAACCUCAACCGAAUCAUCACGUACAAAAAUCAAGAGAAGCGGAUAUAGUGGGGCUGGUGGUGUCGACGUCAAAAUAUGCAUUUAUAAGGUAAUUGGACGUUACG